GCCUAGGAUGGGGAAGCACUGGAGGAGGGCGGGUGGCGGGGAGGGGACAACGAGACAGAAGCCGCUUUAGCCGGGGAGGCUGCAAGGCCGGCGCCCCCCACCCCCCGCCAGCGGCGUCUUCGCCCCCUCCCUCCCUCCCUGCGUCCCUCCCGCCCGAGCCAUUGCGAGCCACCCGGGCAAGCGCGCAGGCACCUCGCAGCGGCGCGGACUCGUCCCUGGCGCGGCUGGCCUGCACCAUUCCGGACGGCCGGAGGGGGAGGAAGCGCCGGGCUCUGCAGCCGCCUGCGGGAACGGCCCGAGGGCGAGCGGGGCCGCGCGGGGGUCUCUGCAGCGCCCUGACCUGGGCAACCCCACCGGGGCCGUGCCGGGCUCCGGGCUGCAGCCAGCGGCCGGGGGGCGGCUGCGUCCCCGCCCGGUGCCUCCCCCUCGCCAGUGCCGCAGUGGCCGGGUCUUCCCCGCCCGGGUAACUGAGCCUCCCCGGCAGAGGCGGAGGGCGAGUGUGCGGCUCGCUCGGCUCCUGGCGGUGGCGGAGGGGCCAUGGCGGCCACCGAGAUCGCGCGCCAGGUGGGAGAAGGCUGCCGUACCGUUCCUCUUUCUGGCCACGUAGGAUUUGACAGUCUGCCUGACCAACUGGUGAACAAAUCAGUUAGCCACGGCUUCUCUUUCAACAUCCUGUGUGUGGGAGAAACUGGCCUUGGGAAAUCAACCCUGAUGGAUACUCUUUUCAACACCAAGUUUGAAGGCGAGCCAGCCUCACAUUCACAGCCAGGAGUUCAGCUAAAAUCCAGCACUUACGACCUUCAGGAAAGCAAUGUCCACUUGAAGCUGACCAUUGUUAGCACAGUGGGUUUUGGAGACCAGAUUAACAAAGAGGACAGUUAUAAGCCUAUAGUGGAGUUCAUCGAUGCCCAGUUUGAAGCUUAUCUGCAAGAGGAACUGAAAAUUAAGCGAGUUUUACACAACUAUCACGAUUCCCGGAUCCAUGCUUGCUUGUAUUUCAUCGCUCCCACUGGCCACUCUUUAAAAUCUCUGGAUUUGGUAACAAUGAAGAAGUUAGACAGUAAGGUAAAUAUCAUUCCUAUUAUUGCGAAAUCGGAUGCCAUCUCCAAGAGUGAAUUGACAAAAUUCAAAAUUAAGAUCACAAGUGAACUUGUCAGCAAUGGGGUACAAAUCUACCAAUUCCCUACGGAUGAUGAGUCUGUUUCAGAAAUAAAUGGAACCAUGAAUGCCCACUUACCAUUUGCAGUCAUUGGCAGCACAGAGGAAGUGAAGAUUGGAAAUAAAAUGAUGAAAGCGCGUCAGUAUCCCUGGGGGAUUGUGCAGGUGGAAAACGAAGCUCACUGUGACUUUGUGAAGCUGAGAGAGAUGCUGAUCCGUGUCAACAUGGAAGAUCUCCGUGAGCAGACGCACACACGCCAUUAUGAAUUAUACCGGCGAUGUAAACUGGAAGAAAUGGGAUUUAAAGACACUGAUCCAGACAGUAAACCAUUCAGCUUACAAGAAACAUAUGAGGCCAAAAGGAAUGAGUUCUUGGGAGAGCUGCAGAAAAAGGAAGAGGAAAUGAGGCAGAUGUUUGUCCAGAGAGUUAAGGAGAAGGAAGCUGAGCUCAAAGAGGCUGAAAAGGAGUUGCAUGAGAAAUUUGAUCGUUUGAAGAAACUUCACCAGGAUGAAAAAAAGAAACUGGAGGACAAGAAGAAAUCCCUGGAUGAUGAAGUCAAUGCAUUCAAGCAGCGGAAGACAGCAGCUGAGUUGCUCCAGUCUCAGGCCCAGCAAGCAGGUGGAUCACAAACUCUGAAACGAGAAAAGGAGAGGAAAAAUUAACCCUGCUGUUUGCUGCAUGGUGCAUGAGGGUACAGUGUGCUGUUCAGGUUUCCUGUAGAUCCCUUCCUUUUGCUCCAGAAACGACCACCCCCACAUUUUGAGUUAUCCUGCCGUUCUGCCCUCUUCAUGUUUGCCCAUCUCCUUCCAAUACACCCUCUCACCCCGUUUGCCAGUUUCCUAGACACAAAACUCUCUGUUGACUGUUUUGGUGAAGAACUCAGCCAUAAUUUUCUAUAGAGCCUGAUGAGAGAGGCUCCAAGUGUUGUUUACCAGAAAUUUGCUGGACUAAAGUCCUAAGAUAUUGUAUACCAACAGCCCAUUAAUGCAUUGAUGCAUUUGUGCGUGUGCAUGCAUGCAUGGCAAAACUGCAUGCUUGCUUACUGGUUGUUCCUUGUGCUGUGAUGCCUGAGCCCUGUUGUGGAUUAUGUUGAGUUAUGCAUAAGACUUCCUUUUGUUUGUUUUUAAAGGCGGAUUCCGCAUGGGCCAAAAACAGCGGUGUGAAAAUGGUGUGAAAACGCUGUAAAAUGGUUUAAAACAGUAUAAAAGAGUUUACAUCAUUUUCACACCGUUUUCACACCACUGUUUUUGGUCCAUGCGGAAUCUGCCAAAGAAAUUUAAUAGGGAUUAUCUUCAGGAUUACUUCCUUCAUGUUUAAGCUACCUUUUAACUGCCAGAGUAAUUGACAGGCAGGGGUUAGCUGCCUGAAUCGAACAGGGUAGGGAACCCUCCAGCUCAGGAUUCAAAGCCCAUUGAGGGGUUUUUUUUACAUUUUUUUUUAUUCUUGUAAAACGCAGCUAAAAUGCUCCUCUGUCCAGCCACGUGGGUGCUUUUGCUGUGAUUCAGUUACCUCUUGCAGCCAUUGGACAUCCAACAUGUAUGUAUAGAACUCCCCAGCCUACAAGAUCUCCCCGGUUUACCUUGAUGGUGGAAGCAGCUUUAUGUAUGCAAAAGAAAAUGCAUCAUGUAAACAGGAAAGUUUGGGCAGGGAGAAGCGAUAUUCCAUUAUGUUGGCUCCCAUUGACAGUCUAAAGAGAUACAGCCCAAAAUACAAUCUCAGUAAGAAUUGUGCUGACUCUUAAGCAUGUUUACUAAGAAAUAAGUUGCACUGAAUUUACUUGCUUUCUAUGAGGCAUAGUUAAGAUGACAGUUUUAACUGAACCAAGUUCCAAAUGAAUGUGCCACUCUUAAACCUCUUGAUUACAAUGAAUGCUUCCAAGGUAGUAUUGCAGGAUCAUUCUCUUAGAUCUGAUUAAAUUUAAGUAUUUCUUCUUGGGAGUAUUAGGCCCCUUCCGCACAUGCAGAAUAAUGUACUUUCAAUCCACUUUCAAUGCACUUUGCACCUGGAUUUUACUGUGCGGAAUAGCAAAAUCCACUUUCAAACAAUUGUGAAAGUGGAUUGAAAAUGCAUUAUUCUGCAUGUGCGGAAGGGGCCUUAGAGAAGUGCCGUCUCUUACAAAGAUGGCUUCAAAGACCAGCUUUUCAGCUGUUGAGAAAAAGAGAAGGGGUCUUUUGACCCAUGAAAAGGCUGUGCCAGGAAAUGUAGGACCCUUAGAUAUCAGCCACACAGGAUGGGAGCUGCGGUAGAGAGAAGCUAGAUGAGAUCAAGUGGAAUAGCUAGUAGCAUCUAGCUUAUUAUCUCAUAUUACUGGGAUUUUUAAAAAAUAUAAGUAUAUCUGCUUGAGAAAUGGUAAGUAUUUUUUCUUCACAAAAGUGGAAGGAAAUAGUGUGACCUUUUCAAAAUAUUUUGAAAUUCAAAUUAAAACUUUUUUUGGGUUAUGCUAGAAAGCUUAGAUUGGAAGUCUUUCUUUUUUGGAAAAGGAAAUCUGCAAUGCUUUAUUUCACUUAGAUUUGGGAGGAAAUGUAUUUUUAUGCGGAAGUUUUUAAAAUGAGGUUUUUGAGGACUUUUGUUUUUGUAGUUUAUAGACGAUGGUAAAAUAUUAAACAGAGUUAGCAAGAUGAACGGUAUAGCAAAAUUUACUCUGGUUGGAAACAACUUCACACCAAUUAUAUUUACACUGCAAAUUUAAAAUGGUUUAACAGUCUUCCUCCCCUGAGAAUCCUGGAAACUAGCUUUAUGUAUGCUGAAAGUGGGAAUAUAGAUCUCUGAAAGAAUUAUCUAGUACCAUCACCAAUAUAUGGUUCCCAGUAAUCUUUGAAGGAAGUUGUGGCAUUUAAAGUCCUUUGAAACUAACCCACAUUUGUAGUGUAGGCAUGCCUUGUAACAAAAAAGAAAAAGCAUAUUCUCUAGCCAAAAGCCUUUGGAAGCCAUUUCAGUUUUCUGUUAAUGUUAUAGUUCUCCAAGAUUAAUGUGUGAUUCUGUUUCUGUCAACAUUAUCAUAGAAUCUGGUAUGCUUGCAGUAUGUGAAGAUUUCAGACUAACAAAGUCAUCUAAAAAGAAAAUCACUGAGUAUUUUCAGUUAAUGCAUGGAUUUUUAUUUUGGGAGAUAUAUUUGGUGAGGAUAAAAAGUAGCCAUCUUA